AUGGUCGAGUUGGGAAGCAAGAGCCCAUUCGGGCAAUCCUUCGACAAUUCCGUCUUCAUCAUUCCUGCCAUCGUCAUCCUCGCCAUUGUUGGGUUCUGCUCAUACAAAUUAGUGAAUUCUUUGAAAGCUAAGGAAGAGAAGCAAAACCAACGCAGAGCCAAACGAGAAGAAAAGAAAAUAAAGAAGACGAAGUGGUCAUGGUACAGCUAUGUGGAUCCUUCAUCCCUUCUCGGGAAGUGGGAAGUAGCAGUUGGCGAUCCUCGUAGUUUGGAGGUGUUUCAUUGGCACCAGUAUUACAGAUGGUGGAUGUAUCCAUGUCACCACAAGAGGAAGGUGAGCUUUCCGACGGAGGCCAACAAGGCCUCGGAUGCAUCAGACAGAGAAGAGAAAAUCAGUAAAAAGAAGAGAAAGAAGGAGAAGAAACACAAAAAGGAAAAGAAACACAAGAAGGAAAAGAAGCAUAAAAAAGAGAAAUCCCAGGAAUCGAAACGACGAUUUAUUGAGAAUCCAUCGCCAGAGCCUGAGCCAGAAAAUGACGAACUAGGAAGACUGUCUGAUGACUUCGGUAAAGAAGUAGAGACGCCCAUUAAAGAUGACGAGAGUUCACGAAGUCCCGACCGUUGCCAAGAGCAAAGCGACGAUGAGAAAAGAGAACGCGACGAAAGCAAAAAUAAGAAGUCACUAAAACGACAUCGGGACGAGAGUGAAACUCGCAGUGAAAGUCGAGUGUCUAAUAAGGACAAAGUUACCGACAGAAGAGAUGAUAAGAAGGAGAACGUCCGCGGAAGGAGUCGAGAACGGCAAGAAAGGGAGAGGGAGAAGCGGGACUUUGAGGGAAGCAGAGAUCGAAGAGAUGAGGAACGACGAGGCCGUGAGCGUUCAAGAGAGCGGAGCGAUCGUCGAGAAAAAUCCUCAAUUAGAGAUAGAGACGACAGGGAACGCCGGGACCGUGAAAGGCGCCGCAGCACUGAACGAAGAAAAGAACGAAGCUUGGAAAGGCGCAGAGAGCGCCGUAGUUCGUCGCGUGGAUACAGAGGAAGGAGAGAGGAUCGAAGAGCAGAUUCGUAUCGAGAUUACGACCGUGAUCGACGACGUGGGCGACGAAGUCGAUCGCCGAACAGACGACGCAGCGACAACGGGAAGAAAGAGGAUGAUGAAAUAGUACCUAACGUGGAGUGGAAUCUAGAGGAGGAUUCCGACGAUGAGGAGAAAAAGAUAAGAGAGCAGCGUGAAAGAAGACAAAAACUGCUUCAGCAAAUGAACAGAAAGGAAGAAGAUUUGAAAACGAAGAUCUACUCGGAUGAUACUUCUGACGAGGAGAGUGCACUUAUAAAGGAAGCACGUCGUCUUGUUGGAAAGACUGCGGUAGGAAGCGAAAGCCCCAUGAGUAGCAGUGCGCUAUCUUCUCCGGACAGAGAUAAUGGCGAAAGUACUCCAGGAGACUUCUUUGCCGAUUUGAGAGAGAAGAUGGUGCACGUCAGAGGAGCGGAUGAGCAUAUUGUUGAAGAGACGUUACUCAGAGGAAAACAGGCCGAAGAAGAUGAUGCUAAGCGAGAACGAGAAUAUCACGAAGAUAAACGAGAGAAAGAGCGUAAAGAGCAAGUAGAUCCACCAGAAGUGGCUGAACCUCCAAAACCACCCGCCGCAAAAUCAAAAACUGAAUUUGAUAUGUUUGCAGACGAUGCUGAUCUUCCACAGGACGGCAUUGUUGCCGACGAAGCGGUUCUACAUUCACAAGGACAACAGGGCAAUGAUACUCUAAGAGACAACUGGGACGAUGCAGAAGGAUACUACAGAGUGCGGAUCGGAGAAGUCCUGGAUGGGCGCUAUCGCGUAUUUGGAUAUACUGGUGCAGGAGUGUUUGGGAACGUUGUUAGGUGUACUGAUCAGAAGAGGAAUGAUGUAGUUGCGAUAAAAAUUAUAAGGAAUAACGAGAUAAUGCGUAAAACUGGUCUGCGGGAGUUGGAAGUACUACGUAAGUUGAACGAAGCUGACAGAGAAGACAGAUUCCAUUGUCUGCAGCUGUAUCGCACGUUCAAUCAUCACAACCAUCUCUGCCUCUGUUUCGAGAACCUAAGAAGUGACACGGGCUCUCAUACGCUGUGUCCCCCGGCAGACAAUGCGUUUACACGCAUGAAUUUGCGUGAGCUUUUGAAGAAAUAUGGCAACAAUGUUGGUUUGCAUAUGAAGGCAGUACGAAGCUACGCACACCAGCUGCUUAUGGCUUUGCGGUUGCUCAAGAAGUGCGGUCUUGUUCACGCCGAUAUCAAACCCGAUAAUAUACUGGUGAACGAAUCGAAACUAGUCCUGAAGUUGUGUGACUUUGGAUCAGCCGGUCAUGUGCGAGAUCAAGAAAUCGCUCCUUACCUAGUUUCUCGAUUUUAUCGAGCUCCAGAAAUAAUGUUGGGCAUUCAACACGACUAUGGUAUUGAUUUGUGGUCAAUAGCUGUAACCUUGUAUGAAGUGUAUACCGGGAAGAUAAUGUUUCCGGGGAAAAGCAAUAAUCACAUGCUGAAGUUGUUCACGGAAGUGAAAGGUAAGUAUCCGAACAAGCUCGUACGAAGAGCUCAAUUCCGUGAUCAGCAUUUCGACACGAAUUGUAAUCUUUUGUACCAUGAAGUCGAUAAGGUCACUCAACGAGAUAAAGUCACAGUUUUGUCGAACAUACGUAUAUCUCGCAAUUUGGAACUAGAACUCAUCGGUGAACAAGAUCUGGAUCGGGACGGGAUAUCACAGGUUCAAUCGUUCCGAUCACUCUUAGAGCAGAUGUUAGUAUUGGAACCAACAAAACGAAUAACUUGCGGCGAGGCAAUCAAGCAUCCUUUCUUUUCCAUGAAGUAA